AUGAGAUCGAAUGAAUUACCACAUAGCCAAUACUCGAAGAAUUCUGACAGUUUGUCAAAGUGUAACCGUUCUUAUCGACAGGCCACCAACCAUGAAGAGCUUAAAAAUGUUUCUAGUUGGGAGGUCGUUAAUGAACUGGUUUUAGGAGAGAAUGAGUUCUUUAAAGCUGGAGAAGAAGAAGAGGAUGAUGUUCCUAGUGUUGAUGACCAUAAUGAGGAUAGGGUUGACGGUAUGGAUGAUGACUUUAAUAAGGAUAGAAUUAACAAUGUAUGUGAUGACUUAAAUGAUGAUAGGGUUGAUAAUGUGGAUGAGGUUAGGAUGGAUGAUGAUGUUCUUAAUGAGGAUAUGCUGGAUAAUGUUGAUAGUUUGGAUCAUACUCGUGGUGGAUGA